UAGUAGAGACAUGGAGAUGCCAGACAGCCUGCAAGGAGAUUGCACUCUCUACUACAUACAAGAGCCAGAGACCGGGAGAUUGUAUAAGAGAGGGAAACUCCUGGGGAAGGGUGCUUUUGGGAGGUGCUACAAAUUCACAGAUGUGUCCAGUAGGCAAGUGUUUGCUGUGAAGAUGAUCUCACAUAUGAGAAGAAAUCAAAUACAACACAGAGGCGGGGUUGAGAAAGAGAUUGAAGUUCACAGUCAACUGAAGCAUAAAAACAUUGUAAGGUUUUAUCACCACUUUCAAGACCAAAAGUACAUGUACAUGGUGCUGGAAUAUUGCAGACACAAGUCUCUAGCUCACAUCCUGAGGGUCCGUAAACUUAUGACCGAACCUGAGGUCCGAUACUACAUGAAGCAAAUAGGACAAGGGCUGCACCACUUGCACCAGCAGGGCAUUAUCCACAGAGACCUAAAGCUAAGCAACUUUUUCAUCGCUAAAAACAUGGUGGUCAAAAUUGGGGACUUUGGGUUGGCAACCACAGUGGACCAGUGUGAAAAAAUCCCAGGUGUUAUAUGUGGGACCCCUAACUACCUCUCGCCUGAAGUUCUGGCCAAGGACGGUCAUUCAUUUAAAUCGGACAUCUGGGCCCUUGGAUGCAUAAUGUAUACACUUCUGACUGGAUACUCCCCGUUCAGAGCACGUUCGCAGAAGGAGAUGUACUAUUUUAUCCAGGAAGGAUUUUUUCCAGUGCCCACUCACAUAUCUCUCAGUGCAAGAGGGCUCAUCAUUUCUCUACUUGCGAGUUGCCCAGAUGAAAGGCCGUGUCUGGAGGAGGUUCUUGGACAUGACUUCUUUAUCCAGGGGUUUACCCCAGAGAGAUUAUCAUCCACAACAUGCCAUUCACCUCCUUCCUUCACAUUAUCUAACCAUCUCACUAGACUCUUCAGGAAAGCAGCCAAGGUUCUGUUCAGAGGAGUGUUUCAGAAACCCAUGUGUUCAGAUUGCACAAAAGGACAUGAGAAUGCUGUGGCCCUCCCCACACAUACCCAGGUAUCCGUGAGCACUGACCAGAUCUGUGAGAGAGAAGAUCAAGCAGAUGAUUGCAUCAAAACAUGUACUGAAUCACUGAAUAUCUUGAUUAACGGAAGAAUGAGCCACAGGAGCAGGUCGGCCUCAACGAAAGUUCCUGGCGACAACUUGGUAGAAGAUGUGACUCGUGUACUGCAGAGAUGCCUAGACAAUAUAACACCAGGUUUUCUGGAUGUUAAAGAACAGGUUUUGUGCCCUAUUCUCUGGGUAACCAAGUGGGUGGAUUAUUCCAAUAAGUACGGAUUUGGAUACCAGUUAUCUGAUGGCUGUUCUGGGGUCCUCCUAGGAGAUGGCACACACAUAGCCCUCUCUCCACAUCUAGAAAAAGUUUGUUAUUCUACCACCUCGAGAGAACACAUCACUUUCCCAGAGUGGAGUCCUCCAUGCAAGUUGGAGGGAAAAAUGCAAAUUCUGCGUUUUUUCUCAGAAUAUAUGCAGGAAAAAAUCCUGGAGGGUGGAGACCUGAGGGCUGCUCCCAGUCUCUAUGUCAGGACGUUGUGUCUCCUGAAUUAUCUGAAGACUGAUCAAGCGCUUUUGAUGCUUUUCAGCAAUGGAACCUUGCAGGUGAAUUUUUAUCAUGACCGCACCAAGAUAAUCCUCAGUAGGACACAGCAGAACCCUCUUUUCACCUUCAUUGACCAAGACAGACAGGGCUGUACUGUUCCACUGGGCUCUCUGCAACAUGCCUGCCCUCUACUGAUAAUUGAACGCAUGGAAUAUGCCCUUAAGAUGCUGAACAGCCUGCAAGCGUCCUGACCAGACUUCACUUACAAUCGACACGCCAUCUUUUUGAUGUCAGCUGCACAUUUCAAUUGUAAUGUACUACUCUUCACACUAGGCUGUGGAUUAUGGUAUUACAGUAUGUUUUGAAAUUAUGGGUGGGUAACCAACCGUAUAUCUUUUAUAACUUCAGGUACUUUCUGCAAGGGAAUAUCAUUUCAAUGUGAGACAGCUUUUGCUAUUAA